AUGGAUGCAGAUUUCACUGUCACCACCAGUAAUGGUGUUAAUCACCUGCAUCCCUGUUACAUCUCAGACAAUGAGACUUACAUGUUCGCAACUAACCCCUCUAUUAUAUGUAUAUCAUUGUACAUAUUCCUUGGAAUAUUGUCUGUUGUUACUGUUUGUGGAAACUUUCUUGUGAUAAUUUCUAUAAUUUACUUCAGACAGCUCCAUACUCCUACUAAUUACCUUAUUCUAUCUUUAGCUGUUGCAGAUCUGCUCGUUGGUGUUUUAGUUUUCCCCUUCAGCAUGGCAUUCACUGUAACUUCAUGUCUGCAUUAUGAAAGUUUGUUCUGCAAAAUACGGGACGGUUUUGAUGUUACAAUGUGCACAUCUUCUAUUCUCAACCUGUGCUGCAUUUCCAUAGACAGAUACCAUGCAGUGUGCGAGCCUCUGACAUACAGGACAAAAAUAAAUUCUCAGGUAACUGCUGUUAUGAUCCUCUUUAGCUGGGGGGUAUCUGUUCUAAUAGGAAUUAGCAUUAUUGUAGCAGGAUUCAGCCAAGGCACAUGUGAGGAAAUAUGCUCUGUUGACAUUAUAGUUGCCAAUACUAUGGGACCUGUUUUCUCCUUUUACCUUCCUGCAGUCACAAUGCUCUGCAUUUACUUUAAGAUUUUCCUUGUUGCUCAGAGACAAUUAAACAGUAUACAGAACACAAACUGCCCAAACAUAAAGUCUGGAGCAACAAUUAGUAGGACAGAAAGAAAGGCCACCAAAACCCUAGCAAUUGUGAUGGGAGUGUUUCUUUUAUGUCUCACUCCCUACUUUAUCUGUGUUGUCUUCCAGCCAUUAUAUUCCAAUCCAUUACCAGUUCCUGUUACAGAAACACUAAAUUGGCUUACGCUAUCAAAUUCAAUGCUGAAUCCAUUAAUUUAUGCUUUCUUUUACAGCUGGUUCCGAUCAGCUUUCAGACUAGUUAUUUCGGGAAAAAUAUUCCAAACUGAUUUAGCCAACUACAGCUUAUUUUAAUACAUAUGUUUUUAUAAAUAAGCAUAGUUUAAAAGGUUAUAAAACAAUGUGGCUGGAAUCUCGACUU